GUACAUGUUUGUCAAAAUUUCAAACCCAUUUUUUCAGGCUCAGAAAACAAUGGCAAAGAUUGUAAUCCUAGUAUUCCCACGUCCCAUCUCUGUCUUUGCCCUCCAUAUAGUAUAAAGCAACAGAUUCUUUUUCCCCCAAUACACCAAUUUUCAACCAAUAAUAGAGAUAAAGGAAUGAUGAUCUCAAGAACAAGAAAAAGGAGGAGGAGAAAGAGGGUAAUUGUGGAGCUUCAGAAUUCAGCACUCACAGACUCACAUGCAGCACAUUAAUUCAUUUCACUCCCAUCACUACUUUAAAAGUUAUGGUUGACCCUUUAAUUCUCUCCUGCUUUGGAUUGUGACCUUCAUGGUUCAUCUCCUGCUUCUUGCCUUGUCAAUCUGUUCACUUCUUUUCUUUCUUUUCUUCCUUCUUUUAUAGGUCAGCCCCCCACCCUCCCCACCCCACCUUAUUACAGAGUACAGAGAGGAGGGAAGAGAGAGAGAGAGAGAGAGAGAGAAAGGAUCAUUUUCUCUGUCUGCAGCUUCAUAUCUUUAAGCACUUCUACUGCUAUUUCUUUAUAUAACUUAUUUAGUUCCUUAUUUUUCUUGAAUUGUAAUUGGCUCAAAAAAAGCUUAAAAAGCCCAUUUCUUUGUUUCAGCUACUUGGUCUUCUGCUUGCCAUGAUGUUUAUGACUUAUUAGGAUCAUCAAUUGUUGCUUUUCAUUUAUCAAUCAGUCAUAUUCUUGAGUGACUAGGUCUUGAAGCAAUGUAGUGUGCCAUCUGUCCAUGGACUUCUGUGCUAUUCUUUAGCUGCUGCAGAUAUAUGAUUGACCCUGCCCCUGUAUUCUGUAAGUAACAGGAACAGCUCUUUGUGCUCUUUUCCUUUAUUUCUUUACUCCUAUUAACUGAAAUUCUUAGAUUCUGAUAUGCUAGAGAGUCAUGGUAGCAUUCAACUAUAGUUUGAUCUUCUAUUAGGGACGUUUUGUUUUUGAGUCCUGACUGUGAAUUCCUGUAUUUUUUGCUCUAUCAGUAAUGGGAGGCCAAAUGAAUUUGCAUUUGAUAAUACUGUUUUCUUGUGCGAUCAUUUUGGUUCAAUCACUAAAUGAAGAGGGAAAUAUACUUUUGGAGUUCAAAAAGCCUCUUACUGAUCCUUAUCUUAACCUCCAAAACUGGAAUUCCUCAGACUCUAGUCCUUGCAAUUGGACAGGCAUAGGUUGUAACCUCGAUUAUAAGGUUGUCUCAGUACACCUUAGUGGCCUCAAUUUGUCUGGUAGUUUAUCUUCAAGCAUUUGCAAGCUCCCUUUUUUGAUGAAGCUGAAUCUGUCACAAAACUUCAUUUCUGGUCCCAUUCCUUAUGAUUUCAAUUGUUUCCAAAAUCUUGAGGUUUUAGACCUCUGCACCAAUAGGUUCCACUGUGAAUUUCCAACCCAACUCUGCAAUAUUACAUCCCUCAGAGAGCUCUAUUUGUGUGAGAAUUAUAUAAAUGGAGAAAUCCCAGAUGAAAUUGGAAACUUGAUUUCCCUUGAGGAGCUUGUGAUAUACAGUAACAAUCUAACGGGAGAGAUUCCGUCCUCCAUUGGCAAAUUGAAGAGACUUAGGAUUGUCAGGGCUGGUAGAAAUUACUUAUCAGGUCCUCUUCCAGUUGAAAUUAAUGAAUGUGAGAGUUUGGCUGUGUUAGGCUUGGCAGAAAAUAGGCUAGAGGGUCCUUUCCCUUCUCAGCUGCAAAAGCUUAAGAGUCUCACCACCUUGAUUCUUUGGAAUAAUCUUUUUGAUGGUGAAAUUCCUCCUGAGAUAGGAAAUUUUACUGGUUUGGAGGUGCUAGCCCUGAAUGGGAAUCAAUUCACAGGAGCCAUUCCCAAAGAAAUUGGAAGACUGGCUCAGCUGAACAAACUGUAUCUUUACACAAAUCAAUUGAAUGGAACAAUUCCAAUUGAGUUAGCAAAUUGUUCAAGUGCAGUUGAGAUUGAUCUUUCUGAGAAUCGGUUGACGGGGUUCAUCCCAAGAAACUUGGGUCGAAUUUCUAAUCUUCAGUUGCUUUAUCUUUUUGAGAACCACCUCCAAGGACAUAUUCCUGAAGAGCUAGGGCAGUUGAAGCAACUGAGAAAACUUGAUUUGUCCAUAAAUAACUUGACAGGUUCAAUUCCUCUAGAGUUCCAAAAUCUCCCAUUCCUCAAAGACUUUCAGCUUUUCAAUAAUCAUCUCAAUGGUAUCAUCCCUCCGUUUCUUGGUGCUAACAGCAACCUCUCUAUUGUUGACAUUUCCAAGAAUAAUAUUGUAGGCAGCAUACCCGCCCAUAUAUGCAAAUUUCAGAAAUUGACUUUUCUUAGCCUUGGAUCGAAUAAGUUGUCUGGUAACAUUCCCCAUGGCCUAAAGACUUGCAAAUCGCUUGAGCAGCUAAUGUUGGGAGACAACUUACUUACUGGAAGCCUUUCUGUUGAAUACAUGAAACUUCAGAACCUUUCAGCACUUGAGCUUCAUCAAAAUCGAUUCUCAGGGCUUAUACCUUCAGAAGUGGGAAAUUUUAGGAACAUAGAGAGACUCCUUCUGUCACAUAACCAUUUCACUGGCCACAUUCCUCCUGAGAUGGGCAAACUUGUCAAGCUUGCUGCUUUCAACGUCUCUUUUAACCGACUAUUUGGUGGGAUUCCUCAACAAUUGGGCAAUUGUAUAAAGCUUGAGAGGCUUGAUCUUAGCAGUAAUUGGUUUACUGGCUCCCUCCCGGGCAAACUUGGAAUGCUAGUGAAACUGGAACUGUUGAAGAUAUCUGAUAAUAGAUUCACUGGACCAAUACCAGGAACCUUAGGGGGUCUAGUUAGGUUGACAGAACUGCAAAUGGGAGGAAACUUCUUUUCCGGUAGUAUUCCUGUUGAACUCGGCCAACUUACUGCUCUUCAGAUUGCCCUCAACAUCAGUCAUAACAAUCUCACCGGCUUGAUUCCGAGCAGUCUGGGGAACCUGCGGAUGCUUGAAUCACUUUAUUUGAAUGAUAAUCAGCUGAGUGGUGAAAUUCCGACCUCCAUAGGAGUGCUUCCGAGCCUAAUGGAAUGCAACCUUUCUAAUAAUAAUCUUGCCGGUGUGGUGCCAAACACCCCAGCAUUCCAAAAGAUGGAUGCUAGUAAUUUUGGUGGAAACAAUGGCCUAUGUGUAUUAGGCUCAAAUCAUUGCCAUUUAUUUCCAAGCCCAUCAUCUGCUCCAAAUCCAGGCUGGUUGAAGGAAACUUCUGAGAAGGAAAAAAUAGUGACCAUUGUUUCAUUCUGUAUCGGAGUGAUCUCCUUAACCUUCAUCGUGGCAGUUUGCUGGGUUAUGAGGAGCCAGAGAUCCACUUUUGCUUCACUUGAAGACCAACUGAAAACUGACGACUUGGAUAGCUAUUACUUUCCGAAAGAAGGUUUCAGCUAUCAGGACCUUGUGGAAGCUACUGGGAAUUUUUCAGACACGGCUAUUGUGGGAAAGGGUGCGUGCGGGGUUGUCUACAAGGCAGUAAUGACUGGUGGUGAGGUGAUUGCAGUUAAAAAGUUGAAGUCGCGUGGAGAAGGAGCUAGUGCCGACAACAGUUUUCGUGCCGAAAUAUCGACUCUUGGGACAAUUAGGCACAAAAAUAUUGUGAAACUAUAUGGCUUCUGUUACCACCAGGACAACAAUCUUAUCUUAUAUGAGUACAUGGCUAAUGGGAGCCUUGGGGAAGUGCUCCAUGGGAACGAGACGGCUGGUAUGCUUGACUGGGAUGCGCGAUAUAGAAUUGCUCUUGGAGCUGCAGAGGGAUUGUGCUAUCUUCACUACGACUGUAAGCCCCAAAUUAUACAUCGUGACAUAAAAUCAAAUAAUAUCUUGCUGGAUGAAUAUUUUGAGGCACAUGUAGGAGAUUUUGGCUUAGCAAAGUUGAUCGACUUCUCCUUGUCGAAAUCCAUGUCGGCUGUAGCUGGUUCAUAUGGAUACAUUGCCCCUGAAUAUGCUUACACAAUGAAGGUGACAGAGAAGUGUGACAUCUAUAGUUUUGGAGUAGUUCUACUAGAACUAAUCACGGGAAAGUCUCCAGUUCAACCCCUAGAGCAAGGAGGCGACCUGGUAACAUGGGUGAGGAGAUCAAUUCAGAAAUUAGAGAUAGCAUCUCAGAUAUUCGACCAACGUAUAGAUCUUAGUUCCAAACGGACAAUUGAAGAGAUGUCUUUAGUUCUCAAAAUUGCAUUGUUCUGCACCAGCACGUCGCCUCUCAAUCGGCCGACCAUGCGAGAAGUCAUUGCCAUGCUGAUUGAUGCCAGAGAAGGAGUCACCACUUCACUGCCAUCCCCAACAUCAGAAACGCCUUUAGAUGGAGAAGAUUUUUGCUAAGAUUGUAUGGUGCAAUUGUCUUUCACAUGAAGGGAGGGGCGGCCUGAAGAUUAUCUUCUACUUAUCUUGGACGAUGCUCCAUGUGAGCAUGUCGUUGAGAGCCGACGCCUGUGGCAUGAAGUGUAAGCUGGACGGCAUCCGACUCAUUGCUGCUAAUAAGUGAAUCAUCACUUCCCCAUUUGAUACAUAGUAGUAAGCACCACUGUAGGCUUAUCUUCUUUAGAUAUUGUAUAUGUACAUUUUGCUGUGCGUUUUUCCUUUUGAAAAGAGCUAGUUCAGCACGUCUAGCACAAAAAAGAAUUGAUCUUUGACUUCAAUAAACUGAUCUUAGCCAAACUAGGAUUGUACCUUUGCAUGGAUUAUAUUGUUGACAUCGAUUUUUCCUUUUUUUGAGGGGAAUAAAUUAUCAGUUAAAAG